GGAGUCAUAGGUUCGAUUGUGAGAGCUACUCGACGCAUACCUCCUUGCGUCUGGGUAGUCAAUCAGCACUCGGAGGCCAUCACAGUUAUAGUAUCCAAGUACCGGCCGAACCGUCUGCUCUCCGCCGGGGGAUUGACUGCAUCAAGCGCCGGUGGCGGUUUAAAUCUCAGCACAACGACUUUUACCAGUCCGGCUACGAAAAAGAAGCUCGCGCCGCAGAGCAGAGAUCCUGUCCGGUCGAUGGCCGUCUUUCCCCUGUGGACCAGAAAGGAGGGCUUUGGGGUCAUUAGCAUUUUCAAAGGUCCUAGCGAAACCCUGUAUAUCGAGAAUGACAGGAUCCCGAUUGGAUCCACGGCUUAUUUUACGAAUCAGCCUGAUAUGGUAGUUCGGGGAUACUAUGGGCAGGAGAUCCAUUAA